AUGAGCGAGCAGACAGGCAACUUGAUUGUAGGCACGGGAACCAUGGCAAAGUUCAAGCUGCUGCUUGCCACUAGCAUCCACGAAAGCCAUAUAAGGCACAGGAUCUGUACAAGCUUAGAAAGGAGCCAGAUGAGCCUGUACAUAAUUUUGACCGCAAAACAUCUUUUCGAUAAAGUCCAGAAGAGUGUUCCUGCACAUACUCGAGCAGCUGAACACGCCAUGCUGUGCAAAAUCGACAGGUACAUUCUUGAAAGAAAGAGCAGGGAGGCUGAAAAGGUGCUUCAAAACGAAUAUCUGGUGUUUAUUGGAUGCACCAUAAUAGCCUCAAAGAUGUACAUGGACUUCUCAUACACAAACUUCUCAUGGGUCGAGGUUUGCAGCCAUACGGUGGAUCAGAUAAACCUUACGGAAAGGCAGAUCCUGCAAAUAUUGAACUAUGAUGUGUGCCUGAAUUGGAUUGAGCUAAAGGUGAUGUACGAUGAGUUUGGAUGUAGUCAAAGCACAUCCACAAAGAUCAGGAAGCGCAAAGGAUUCUUCAACUGGGCAUUCAAAUCGCUGUUUAGUUUGGUUUCAUGCAUUGAUUAA